AUGUUUGCGUCACUGAUUCUGAGGAAUUCGAGCUCGUCUACGGGCGCAUCGGCGUUCUCGCACGCGCACAAGGCGUACGUCAAGUCGCUCUACCGUCGCUACCUCAAGAACGAGCUGGACUGGUGCAUUCGCAGGGAUGUGUGGCGCGACAGGGCGAUCGAGAUCCGCGUGGCGUUCGAGAGGAACCGCAACAUUCGCAACCCCAGAGAACUCGCCACCCUCUUCGAAAGGGCAGAGCGCGAACUCAAGACCAGGCAACACCCCGACCCCCACCGACCUGCCAUGUUCGAGGACGGCACCAAGUGGGAGCGCAACCUGCCACCGCCCAUGUUCACCGAAGCCGAGAAGAAGGCCGCACUCGACGCCCAGCACCACUAA